UAAGACCGUGGAAUCCAUUUUUUAUUUUGGGACCUUGGGAAGGAAAUUUUUUAUAAUAUCAGACUUUGAAUGGAUCUUGAAGGAGUAUUGAAGACCCUAUUUAAUGGUUUGGUAAGAAGGGGGGAGAGAAAGAGAGAGCUUGGAGUGGAAAUCCAAGAAGCGGAGCUCAUCAGUCUCCCACCUAACACUUUUCUGUCUGCAGCAAAACAUGGCUUCAGAUCCGAAACUCCUCGCAUUUGAAGAGGUCAAUAAUCACAACAAAACCAAAGAUUGCUGGCUAAUUAUAUCUGGAAAGGUGUAUGAUGUCACCCCAUUCAUGGAUGAUCAUCCCGGCGGCGAUGAAGUUUUGCUCUCUGCAACUGGGAAAGAUGCAACGAAUGACUUCGAAGAUGUAGGCCACAGCGAUUCUGCUAGGGAGAUGAUGGAAAAGUAUUACAUUGGUGAAGUAGACCAGUCAACUGUUCCAUUGAAACGCAAUUACACGCCACCUCAGCAAGCCCCUUACAAUCCCGACAAGACCCCCGACUUCGUAAUUAAGAUUUUGCAGAUCCUUGUACCCCUCUUGAUCUUGGGUUUGGCCUUUGCUGUUCGGCAAUACACCAAAGAGAAGUAAACCCAGUUGCUACUAUCUUUCGUGUGCCCCAUAUUGGGUUAGAUGGUCACCUAUGUUAUUUGGUUGAGUCAUUGAAAGAACAAUUUUCUUUUAUUGUAUGUUGAUGUUCUCCGCAUGCUGCAUUAGCUCAUAUAGUGACGUUCAUCUGGAGUCAAACCGAGUGCUUGGAUGUCUUUUUAGCAAACUGUUAUGCUGCAAACACCGAACUUUGUUCUAUUCUGAUAAGACAAGAAGAAGAGUCUUCUUUGGUUUCA